AUGCCCAGGCCGGGGAAGAGUUCGUACAGCGACCAGAAGCCCCCCUACUCUUACAUCUCCCUGACGGCCAUGGCCAUCCAGCACUCGGCCGAGAAGAUGCUGCCCCUGAGCGACAUCUACAAGUUCAUUAUGGAGCGGUUCCCUUACUACCGGGAGCACACCCAGCGUUGGCAGAACUCCCUCCGCCACAACCUCUCUUUCAAUGACUGCUUCAUCAAGAUCCCGCGGCGACCCGACCAGCCGGGCAAAGGCAGCUUCUGGGCAUUGCACCCGGACUGCGGGGACAUGUUUGAGAACGGCAGCUUCCUCCGCCGCCGCAAGCGCUUCAAGGUGCUGCGCCCCGAACAUCACCUGCCCGGCGGUGGCGGCGGCGGGGGGCGGCGGCGGUCCCGGCAAGCCCCCGGCGCCUACCCCGCACAUGGUGCACUACUUCCAUCCGCACCCGCCACCGCCUUCUCGCCCUACGGGAGCAGCCAGCCCUCGGGCUUCAAGCAUCCCUUCGCCAUCGAAAACAUCAUCGGCAGAGAUUACAAGGGUGUGCUUCAGGCCGGCGGGCUUCCGCUGGCCUCGGUGAUGCACCACCUGGGCUACCCGGUGCCCAGCCAGCUCAGCAGCGUGGUGAGCUCCGUGUGGCCGCACGUGGGGGUGAUGGACUCCGUGGCCGGUGUGCCCGUGUCCCCCGACUACGCACCUUUCGGUAUGCCUGUGAAGGCGCUCUGCCACCCGCCGGCACAGACCAUGCCUGCUGUCCCGGUGCCCAUCAAGCCGGCGCCGGCGUUGCCUGCUGCCUCGACCAUCCCUGCUCUGACGGUCGCCGCCUCGCAGAUCUGCCCCGCCGCUUCCCCGGCUGCUGCAUCGCUGCUGGAACAGACUGCGAGCAACAACCCCGAGGGCAAGAGCUCCCUCCAUUCCGUCCUGGUGCACUCCUAA